AUGGAAAAACUAUUAAAACGUCCUCUGAUAGACGAUCAUGCCUUUUACACAGAAGAAGAUUCUGAGCUGGAAAAAGAAUAUCUUACGGAUAUAUGUGCCACAAAUUCGUCAGAAGAUACAUUCACUCAUGAUGAACAAGAAAUUCUGAAUGUAGAUAGCAGAACAGAAGAUUAUUCGAAUCUUAUGGACGCAAGUAUCGGAGAUACAAUUGAAGAAGAUGAUGAUUCUGAAAUCAUUGCGGAUAAAUUCCUUAGGGAAACUAUUGAUCGUUCAUUUUCUUCAUCGGCCAAGUGGACUAAAGAAAAAGCACCCAAAGUGGAACUGAAACCACUUCCAGCUGGCCUGAAGUAUGCAUUCCUUUGCGAUAAAUCAUACCCUGUCAUUGUUAACGCUAAUCUCACGAACAGAGAGCUUGCACUGCCUUUAAACAAGCUGCGCAAAUAUCGGAGAGCGAUUGGGUAUUCUCUUGAUGAUAUUCCCGGAAUAGCCCAUGAUCUUUGCAUGCACCGCAUCCACCUCGAAGAAGAUGCAAAAAUGUCUAUAGAACAGCAAAGAAGACUCAACCCAAACCUAAAAGAGGUAGUAAAAAAGGAGAUAAUUAAACUUCUGGAUGCAGGAGUUAUAUAUCCUAUCUCUGAUAGUAAAUGGGUGAGCCCUGUGCAUGUUGUACCAAAGAAAGGAGGGAUCACGGUGGUUAAAAAUGAUAAAGAUGAACUCAUCCCCACACGCACUGUCACUGGACAUCGAAUGUGUAUUGAUUACAGGAAACUGAAUGCUGCUACAAGAAAAGACCAUUUUCCUUUACCUUUCAUCGAUCAAAUGCUCGAAAGACUGGAUUGCUUAGACAACAUGUGCAAGGUAUUGGAAAGAUGUGAAGAAAAGAAUCUCGUCCUAAAUUGGGAAAAAUGCCAUUUCAUGGUGAACGAUGGUAUAGUCCUGGGACACAAAGUCUCCGCAGCAGGAAUAGAAGUAGAUAGAGCCAAAAUUGAAGUAAUGACUGGUCUACCAGCACCCACAAACGUUAGAGACAUACGAAGCUUCCUUGGACAUGCUGGAUUUUACAGACGAUUCAUACAAGAUUUCAAAAAAGAUGCUAAACCGAGACUAAUAAGAUGGAUCUUGUUACUCCAAGAGUUCGAUAUAGAGAUCAAGGAUAAAAGAGGAGUAGACAACGGUGUCGCUGAUCACCUUUCCAGGAUUCGAGUUGAGGAUAAAGUCCCUAUAGAUGAUUUUUUUCCUACAGAUAAUAUAGCUCUUUUGGACAUGUCAUUCAUCGGUCACAUAUCGCUCCUAUCUGACGGAUUGCUGGACGAAUCAAAUGGCGAAUCGAUAACAGACAUUACUGAUGAGAGAUCAAUCAUAUCCAUCAGCGACAGAACAUCAACAGAACUUAUUGACAUACCAGUUAAGGUCGCUCGUAAUGCUUUGAAUCAUAAUAUAUCGGAUGUCGCUCCACACGAAGCAAACGGGAUUGGACGGAAAAUCACAGAUCGACCUUGGUAUGCUGAUAUAGUCAACUAUUUAGCCGCUGAUUUUGAACCAGAAAACUUAAAAGUUUCCAAAAUCCUCCAAGCAGAAUUUUGGUGGCCAACAACAUUUCGCGAUGUUCAUGCUCAUAUAGCACGAUGUGACAGAUGUCAGCGGAGAGGAAAAAUAAGCAAGAGACAUGAGAUGGAACAAAAAAUUAUCUUGGAAGUCGAGGUCUUCGACUGUUGGGGAAUAGAUUUUAUGGGUCCUUUCCCAUCUUCUUAUGGCAACAAAUAUAUCCUAGUCGCUGUAGACUACGUCUCAAAAUGGGUUGAGGCAGUAGCUUCUCCUACAAAUGAUGCGUCCGUAGUUAUCAAACUUUUCAAGAGCAUCAUUUUCCCAAGAUUUGGAGUUCCAAGAAUAGUCAUUAGUGACGGUGGAUCACAUUUCAUAAACAAAGUUUUCGACAGAUUGCUUGAGAAACAUGGUGUCCACCAUCGAGUAGCUACACCCUAUCACCCACAAACAAGUGGACAAGUGGAAGUGUCGAACCGGCAAAUCAAGGAAAUCUUGGAAAAGAAUGUCUGA